AGUACUUGUUAAUAAGGAAAAAGAAAACAAAGAACCUUCUGUUUCCCUUGUAACUUUCUUCUGCUACAAUCCACCAAAAGCUGCUUUUUCUCAUGAUAAAUUUACCCAAACAAUCUCAACUUUCCUCUUUGCAACUUCAUUCAUGUUACAUAUCCACAAGAAGAGAAGAAGCAACAGAAAUCAAAUCCUUUCACUUUUAAUGAUCUACUAGCCUGCUAAGCAUUACAGAAAACAAAAUUAUAGUCCUCAUCAGAACCUUAUAAACCUAUCCGAUCACAUUCUCACAUGGGCUCUCUCUUAUUUUUCUCCUUAGUAAUUCUCUGUUCUUUGACAUCAAUUAGUAUUGAAGCUGAAGGGAUCAAGUCUCCUCGGGUUCUUGAUCUUAUCAUCAGGGAUUACACAUUCAAGUCCUAUGACUUACACUUGAGGACAGGAAAGAUACACACUGUACAACUACCUGCAAAUUUCUCAGGCAUCAAAGUUGAUACGGCAAGGUUCCGAUGCGGUAGUCUUCGAAGAUAUGGAGCUCAGGUUAAGGAAUUUCAUCUGGGUAUUGGUGUAAUAGUGCAUCCAUGUGUAGAAAGAGUAAUGGUAAUUAGACAAAAGUUGGGACAUAACUGGUCCUCUAUUUUCUAUUCUAACUAUGAUUUAUCAGGAUAUCAACUUGUGUCACCUAUUCUAGGCCUUUUAGCUUAUAACGGUGGUAGUGAUGUGAAUUUCAGCAACCCUUUUGAGCUCGGAAUUCAUGCUGGAGAAAAACCGAUUAUUAUAGAUUUCAGCAAUGCGACAACCAAUCUUGAAAACCCCUCAUCGGGAAUCAAUCCACUUUGUGCUAGUUUUGAAAAUGAUGGCAAGGUGACAUUAAAAAACCCAGCAUCGCUUCAUGUUUGUGUGGCAACAAGGCAUGGCCAUUAUGGUUUAGUGAUUAAAUCGCCACCGCUUCUGCCACCACCAGGGCAGGAAAUAAAAAAGAAGAUCAGCCCGUGGAAAGUGAUUGUAGGGAGCACAGUUGGGAGUGCAUUAGCUGUGUUUCUACUGGGAUUGCUUUUGGUGGCAAUGUUUGUUAAGGUAAAGAAGAAAGCAAGAAUGGAAGAGAUGGAGAGAAGAGCCUAUGAAGAAGAGGCUCUGCAAGUUUCAAUGGUUGGUCAUGUUAGAGCACCUACUGCUGCUGUUACAAGGACAAUGCCUACGAUUGAACAUGAAUAUAGACCCUAUCGUCCUUCUUGAGUUGUUGUUCGUUUCUCCUUUAUGAACAUUAUUCUUUUUGUAAUAGUAGUUUAUAAACAGAACUGUAUUGAGAAAGGAGGAUAGAUUGAACAAAAAAAAUUUUGUCACUUCUCUAAAAUUUGCAGGGAGUAGUACUCUGUUUCUUGAUCUUGUUAUCCCAUCAGUCCUUUUCCUUUUACUAAAUUCUGUUGUGUGAUUUUGUUUUGAGUCUAAAACUGGAUUAUGACUCAGAAGUUACAUCUUC